GUUUAUUGGUUACUAAUUGUGUUUAUUUUUUUUUUGUUUUGUUUCGUGAUAGCUGAAAGGUGAAUAUAUAUUUCCUACAGAUGAAAAGAGAUCAAUGCUUAAUCUAUCUGGUCUUGAGUUUAUUGAGAAGGAAGAUUCAGAUGUUGAUGUUGAUCGAGUUGGUGCGAUUGGUUUACAAUCUUCUAUUUUAAAUGAGUUAAGGAGGGACGUUAAAAAAGUAAUUCAAAAGCAAUUACAUUUUGAUGGGUCUUUUGAGGGUUUUACAUCAGAUAUUAAGUGUAGAUUCAAGGAGUUGGAACUCAAUAUGAUUUCCCACAUAGAUUCUAAGAUUGAUGAAAGUUUGCAAUUUUACUUGGAUUUGAAAUUUAAUGACUUGAAAGAAAAGUUUGAUGAUUUAAAAGCUUCUCAGAGUGUCGUGGAUAUCCGUGAUGAUAGUGGUGGUGAUAGUGAUGAUGAAUCUGGUUUGAAAGAUGGUGUUAAUGUUGAUUUGGCAGUGAAGGAUGAUCUAGUUAUGAAAGAGGUUGAUGAUGUAGAUUUGGUUACUGAAAAUGUUAAAGAUUAUUCUAUUGAUCCUGUUUUAAAUCUUGCUGAAAGUGGUGGUGUGUUGGUUAAUGAGGGAGACACUGUUGUAGAGGUUUUGUUCAUGUUUCCUUUAUAAAUAUUUUGUUGUUUACAGUUUUGUAUUUUAUUGUUAAAAGAAAUUAUUUUGUAUAUGGAUAUGAUUUAUUAAAAGACUAAUUAAUAUGAUUUAUUAUUUGUUAUGUUUAAUUAUUUUUAUUUAUAUCAUUAUUAUUUUCAAUAUGUUUAAUUAGGGUGAAUGUUUACAAAAUGUUGGAGAUGGUGGUUUGGUUAAAGAAGGACACACUGCUUUACUGGUAAUGUUUUUAUUUUCUAUUUGAUUUUGUGUUUUUAUAUAAAAAUUUGUUUACAUGUAACUGUUUACAGUAUUACUGUUUACAGGUAAUGUGUUUUACUGUUUACAUAUUUUUUGUGUGUUUUCUAUAAGUUUUGACUUUGUUUACAAUUUUGUUGUUAUUUUAUGUAAAUAUUUUUAUAUUUUUAUUUAAGUUUAUGCUUCACAAUAAGUUUUAUAUAUGUUUUGUAGGGUGAUAAUGAUGAUGUUCCAAGUUUUGAUAUAAUGGGUUUUCUUUCAUCUCAGCCCGAUGCUAAUGCUGAUAAAGAGAAGAGGAAAAAACAAGAUGAAGAUGAUCAUGCUAAGUUUAAAGAUUUAAAUAAGAAAUCAAAGGAUGAUGAAGAUGAUGGUGAUGACCAGGUAACUGUUAACUCAAACUUUUCGAUCUCCUUGUUUUGAUGAUUAGCAAAUAUUUGAUUAUUAUUUGUUACUAAUGAUUUAUUGAUUUUGUAGCAAAUUUAAAAGAGAAAAUAAA